AUCCCGGGUCCCGAGAACUCGAAAUGGACAGACCUGGUGUAUAUCUACUACUGGUUGAACGGCCAAGUCCCAUUCUACAUUCAUCAGCUACACGAGAAAUAUGGCCCGAUUGUUCGCACCGGCCCUAGCCGCGUUGACAUCUGCGACAUCAGCGCCGUCAAAGAAAUCCACAGAACAAACAGUCGUUUCCUGAAAUCGGACUGGUAUCGCAAGCUCGUUCCUGGUGGCUUCGAGAAUAUGUUCACAACUGGAGACCCACACUUUCAUUCUGCGCGUCGGCGUUUGCUGGCGUCGCCUAUUUCUGAUUCGUCGCUUACGCGGAUGGAACCUAUUAUCUUGUCUCGGGUGCAGAUGGCUAUUGACAGGAUAGCGGAGGAGAUGGGGAAACGGGGGGUAGCUGAUGUUUUUAAGUGGUGGUUGUUUAUGGCGACGGAUGUUAUUGGCGAGCUUAGUUUUGGGGAGUCGUUUCGGAUGCUUGAGGCUGGAGAGAAAACUCAAUACAGCUUGGAUCUCGAACAUAUCUCCAGCCUCCAGCCCAUUCGAACUACCUUUCCACUCCUUGUCAACUUAGGCAGAUACCUGCCGCUCCCAGUCUUCAAGAAAACAGCAGACGCAGGGAAAAGACUCGGAAGCUACUCAUUCAAAUCCAUCGAGCGAUACAAGCAAAUGAUUGCCGAGAAUCCAAACGACCCAAAGCCAACCCUCUUCACAAAGAUAUUCGACUCAGAGAAAAGUGGCCUCACCCUGGAGCAGAUCCGGUCAGAGGCACAAGGGUACAUCGUCGCAGGCAGCGACACUACUGCUGUAACAUUGACAUAUCUCAUCUACGCAGUCUCUCGCGAUACCCGGGUCCGAGACAAGCUAGUCGAAGAAUUAGCGAGCUUACCCGAACCAGUGGCUGACCGCAAUCUGCGUGAUUUGCCUUACUUGAAUCAAGUCAUCAAUGAGACACUCCGAUUGUAUACCGCAGUCCCAUUUGGUCUACCCCGGUCUACCCCUUCCGAGGGAGCCAACUUUGAUGGAUACUUUGUUCCAGGCGGAACUACAGUUUCCACCCAGUCUUACAGUAUGCAUAGGGAUCCAGCGAUUUUCCCAGAUCCAAAUGACUUCAAGCCUGAACGAUGGGAGGAUGUGACAAAGGAUAUGAAAGAUGCGUCGUUGCCUUUUGGAGGAGGCUCAAGGGUUUGUAUUGGAUUGCAUCUCGCCCGCAUUGAGCUGCGUCUUGGUGCAGCACUUUUCUUUCGCAAGUUCCCUUAUGCGCAUCCUUCAACUAAAGAAGGUAUGUCGGAGGAGGAUAUGGUUAUGAAGUCUUUCUUUUUGAUGGCUCCGCAGGGACAUCGGUGUCUUAUUGAGGCUUGACUGCUGGAGGGACCUUUUUCAUAUUGCAUAUAGCCAAUUUGCAC